CGGCCAGCCAGCCACAAUGUACUGCCUUCAGUGGUUGCUGCCUGUCCUGCUCAUCCCCAAGCCCCUCAACCCAGCGUUGUGGUUCAGUCACUCAAUGUUCAUGGGCUUCUAUCUGCUCAGUUUCCUCCUGGAACGGAAACCUUGCACGAUUUGUGCCUUGGUCUUCCUGGCAGCUCUAUUCCUCAUCUGCUACAGCUGCUGGGGGAACUGCUUCUUGUAUCACUGCACAGGAUCCCAGUUGCCGGAAUCAGCUCACGAUCCCAGCAUAGUGGGCACCUAGAAAACAAUAAUUUUCCAGUCUGCUGAGGGCUCUUGUUUUGCAUUUAAAAAGGGGGUGGGGCUAGGGAGGAGGGAGGGGGUGUUAGGCAUGGGACUGGAGUAAAAACAGCCUGUUUCUGUAACUGUGUGUGGACUAGAGUGGUAAAUUCCUCCCACUCUGCCUGUGAAAUUCGACUUGUUUACUGUGUGAACUCUGGCAGCACCACCUGCUUUUUUAGAAGCAGAAUUUUUUUUUUCCCCUCGUUCCUGCAUCACCGGGAACGGACACCAGCCCUCCUAACUGAGAACUGGUGGAGGACCGAGCUGCUGGCCUCUGCCCAGCUGUUGCGCCGGUGGUAGAGUUGUGUGUCACUCACUUGUCUGCAUUAGGCCAUGGUGGUCUAACUCAGGGCUCUUGGCCCACUGAUUCUACUCAAGUAGCUACAAGAUUCUCUCCAUCUUUCUCUUUGUGGGGAGCCAGCCUUCCCACCUUGCUGAUCAAGGGCAAGCUCGACAGCUCACAGAUGCACUUGGCCAAAAGCUGCUGGAGCCAGAGGCAGUUGAGUCAUCUCCUCCUGCUCAGCCUGCCAAAGAGAUGUGUGCACUGCCGAAGUGCUUUCUGAACUACUUUAUGCUCCGAG